AUUUGAUGGAUAUUUGAAGGUAUUUUGCAUUAAUCCUCAUUACGUUUGCUUUUGCUGAUCCUUUUUGAAAACAAUCAUGUUGAAAGGUUUAAGAGCGUCCUCUCACUGUGUAAAGAGUUUGAUACAUUCCAAAAAGAAUGUUUAUUCAGGAGCUGCAGCAUGUCUUUCGACCAUGCCCAUUAAAGAAAUCCGAAAUCCCCAUGAAAUGAAGUUUUUACCACAGAAGGAUGUACAAGAUUACAUGUCGUUUCUUCCCAAAUUCAUCGAAGAUGUGACUUCUAAAGAAAUCCUGUUGGGAUACCCGCCAGUGAACCAGAGGAUGAAAAGACUUCUGGAAUAUAUGUGUCCGACAGGAAAACAUCUUCGACAACAUGUACUUAUUUAUACUUACAAGACCAUCGAGCAACACCAUGGUACAUAUUCGCAAGAAAAUAUGAAGGAAGUCCACAAAUUGUGUUGGUGUUUGGAAUUGCUCAAUACUGGAUACACCAUUAUGGAUGAUAUUAUAGACGAUCACGAUAUGAGGCGAAAACAGGCUACUUGGUAUAAAAUUGCUGGAAGCGCGACAGCCAAUGAUAUGAUGUUGGUGUUCACUAGCUUGAAUGGAAUCGUCAGGAAGUAUUUCAACCAGCACCCUAGAUUCAACGAAAUAUUUGACCUUUUCCUAACUCCAAUAACACCAGUUGGUCUGGCACUGGAAUUAGAAACCACAAAUUUCGAAGACUUCACGGUGGAAAGGUGUGAUGAAAUUGCAGAGAUUAAGACAGCAUAUUACGUCGGUAAUCAUCCUUUUCUGCUAGCAACACUGUUCGCUAAUAAGGAAUUGCAGAUGUAUGACUUGGCGAAAAAAGUGUUCUAUUACUUGGGGAAUAUCUAUUCAGCUCAGAACGAUGUUCUCGAUGUUUAUGGGCAGCAUAUAACUGGAAAAAAUAGUACUGAUAUCCAAGAUAACAAUUGUACCUACCUAAUCGCCAUGGCCCUGGAAAAGGCUUCUGGAACUCAGAAAAAAAUACUGAAGGAAAAUUAUGGAAAAAAAGAUCAGAAAUGUGUAGAUAAGGUUAAAGAAAUAUACGAUGAACUCGACCUUAUAGGGGAGUACUAUAAAUUGGAAGAAAAGUACUUGGAGAAAGCUUCUGAAGAGAUCCGGAAAAUACCAGACGAAUUCACACGUUCUUUGAUUGAGAAGCUGGCUUAUGUUCAGAGUUUUGGACUCAUCGGUGUAAAUCCUCUUUGAUUAACUCUUCUUAACACAUUGUAAAACUUAUGUAAUUAAUAAAAAUUAUACAAUGGAAA